CACAAGAACGAUGCUAUUAGUAAAGAUGUCAUAUUUAAUCGGAGUUAGAUGUUACAGCCCUGUGAGUGAAAUGCGCCGAGCAGCGGGAGCGCUCUUGGGAGCACGCGCACUACGGAAGGAGUUGGGCAGCAGGUUUCCAGCCUCGCGCGYGCUCUCUCGGCUUAGUCCUGGCACUGCGAGUUCUCACAACUACGUGAUCGUUGGCGCCGGCUCAGCAGGGUGUGUGCUGGCCAGCAGACUGACCGAGGACCSUCUCAGUACUGCGUUGCUUUUGGAAGCAGGCCCUAAAGACACCCUUCUGGGGAGCAAAAGACUGAUGUGGAAGAUUCACAUGCCUGCUGCAUUAACGUAUAACCUCUGCGAUGAGAAAUAUAACUGGUACUACCACACAAGGCCACAAAAGCACAUGGACAACCGAGUUAUGUACUGGCCCCGCGGCAGGGUGUGGGGCGGCUCCUCGUCCCUCAAUGCUAUGGUGUACAUCCGUGGGCACGCUGAGGAUUAUAACCGGUGGAGCAGGGAAGGGGCUGUGGGAUGGGACUACGAGCAUUGCUUGCCUUAUUUUAAGAAGGCACAGACACAUGAACUGGGACCAGAUCAGUACAGAGGAGGAAACGGACCUCUGUAUGUGUCAAGGGGGAAAACAAACAAUCCUCUUCAUCAUGCGUUCCUGGAGGCAGCCCAGCAAGCCGGGUAUCCAUUCACAGAUGACAUGAAUGGUUAUCAGCAAGAAGGAUUUGGCUGGAUGGAUAUGACUGUACACAAAGGUCAACGAUGGAGCACAGCUAGUGCUUACCUCCGGCCAGCCAUAUCACGCCCAAAUUUGUCAAUCACACAGAAGACAAUAGUAACAAAAAUCUUGUUUCAAGGAACAAAAGCCAUUGGUGUUGAGUAUAUGGAAAACGGGCAAAGCAAAAAGGCAUUUGCCAGUCAAGAAGUUAUUUUAAGUGGAGGUGCCAUAAAUUCUCCACAGCUGCUCAUGUUGUCUGGAAUUGGCAAUGCAGAUGAUCUAAAAAAACUGGGAAUCCCUGUUGUUUGCCACCUUCCUGGAGUGGGCCAGAACCUCCAGGAUCAUUUGGAAGUGUACGUCCAGCAGAAGUGCACCAAGCCUAUUACUCUGUAUAAUGCACAAAAGCCAAUUAACAUGGUGAAAAUUGGUCUAGAAUGGCUUUGGAAGUUUACAGGUGAGGGAGCAACUGCUCAUCUAGAGUCUGGUGGUUUUAUCCGAAGUCAAGCGGGGGUUCCUCACCCUGACAUUCAGUUCCACUUUCUCCCUUCUCAGGUGAUUGAUCAUGGUCGGGUUCCUUCCACCAUGGAAGCUUAUCAGGUCCACGUGGGGCCCAUGAGGAGCACCAGCGUGGGCUGGCUGAAGUUGAAGACUACAAACCCAAAUGACCAUCCUAUCAUUGAACCUAACUAUAUGUCAACAGAAAGAGAUAUUUGGGAAUUCCGCCAGUGUGUCAAGUUGACCAGAGAGAUCUUUGCUCAAAAAGCGUUUGAAAAAUUUUGUGGGCCUGAAAUUCAACCAGGAAACCACGUUCAGUCUGACAAAGAAAUAGAUGCAUUCAUAAGGCAGAAGGCUGAUAGUGCUUAUCACCCUUCCUGCACCUGUAAAAUGGGUCAGCCUGCAGACAGCACCGCUGUAGUGGAUCCCCAAACAAAAGUAAUUGGAGUUGAAAACUUGAGAGUAGUAGAUGCCUCGAUAAUGCCUAGUGUUGUCAGUGGGAAUCUGAAUGCCCCAACUAUUAUGAUAGCAGAGAAGGCUGCGGAUAUAAUUAAGGGGCUCCCACCACUUUGUGAGAGAAAUGUUCCUGUGUAUAGGCCCAAGACCCUGGAAACACAGCGAUAACCAAUGUUUUCAUUCUCUCUCCGCCCUUGCCACUUUGGCUUUUACCAGCAUGUUCSUAUCUCCUGCUGGAGAUGCCCCAAAAAUAAUUGCCAUGCAAAACAGUAUCUCUUUGUUAAAAUAAUUAYGAAUUUGAUCCACUAGACUUUCACUAUCUAAUGAAUUUUUAAAUCAUUUAGUUUAAGCUGUUCAUUUUAGUUUAGCAUGACUUUUGGGGUACUUUUUUUUUUUGGAAGAGAAGCUAUUUCUAAAUGCUGGGUCAGUUGCACAUGUAAGCCAGUUACACUGUAUAAUUGCAUGAAGAUAUUAAUGCACGUUACUUUGAAAAUCACUAUGUUAUGCUCUGUUAGUCAAAGAAAGGAUUUUUAACUCUUGUAAGCAGGUUAGCCAGGAUAACAGCUAGCCAGUAAUCUCCGCAUCCUGCCAACACUAGCUAAGGAAAUGGAAGCAUAUAUUUAAAACUCACCCAUUCCUGAGACUAAGUACGUUGUAUUAGCAUUCCAAGGAGAGCAGGGAACCUAUACGUGUCCAGAAUUUUUAUUUUUUUAAUGGGAACAAUGUAGAGUCUACAAACCCUCACUGAAAGUCAGCUUUAGCCAUACUCAGCAUUCUUACCUAGCAUACAGAAAGAAGAUAUUCAUUGUACUUACCAAACACUUGAAUUAUUUUUCUAAGAAGUGCAGAACAGGAGCUGAUAUUUGUAAAAAGUACAUUGCAAAACUGUCCUUUUGUAUGCAGCUUAGCAGCUUUCCAUUCACCGUCUGAGCUGCCUCAGUCAGACCAGUCUAUCACCAACCGCAGCGCCUGCACAUUCCAUAUCU